AUGACUUGUGCAACUGGUACUGGAAGCGCUGGUUCUUCAAGUGGUACUGGAGGCGCUGGACCAACAAGUGGUACUGGAGGCGCUGAACCAACAAGUGGUACUGAAGGCGCUGGACCAACAAGUGGUACUGAAGGCGCUGGACCAACAAGUGGUACUGAAGGCGCUGGACCAACAAGUGGUACUGAAGGCGCUGGACCAACAAGUGGUACUGAAGGCGCUGGACCAACAAGUGGUACUGAAGGCGCUGGACCAACAAGUGGUACUGGAGGCGCUGGACCAACAAGUGGUACUGAAGGCGCUGGACCAACAAGUGGUACUGAAGGCGCUGGACCAACAAGUGGUACUGGAGGCGCUGGACCAACAAGUGGUACUGGAGGCGCUGGACCAACAAGUGGUACUGAAGGCGCUGGACCAACAAGUGGUACUGAAGGCGCUGGACCAACAAGUGGUACUGGAGGCGUUGGACCAACAAGUGGUACUGGAGGCGCUGGACCAACAAGUGGUACUGAAGGCGCUGGACCAACAAGUGGUACUGAAGGCGCUGGACCAACAAGUGGUACUGAAGGCGCUGGACCAACAAGUGGUACUGGAGGCGCUGGACCAACAAGUGGUACUGAAGGCGCUGGACCAACAAGUGGUACUGAAGGCGCUGGACCAACAAGUGGUACUGAAGGCGCUGGACCAACAAGUGGUACUGAAGGCGCUGGACCAACAAGUGGUACUGGAGGCGCUGGACCAACAAGUGGUACUGGAGGCGCUGGACCAACAAGUGGUACUGAAGGCGCUGGACCAACAAGUGGUACUGAAGGCGCUGGACCAACAAGUGGCGCUGGACCAACAAGUGGUACUGAAGGCGCUGGACCAACAAGUGGUACUGGAGGCGCUGGACCAACAAGUGGUACUGAAGGCGCUGGACCAACAAGUGGUACUGAAGGCGCUGGACCAACAAGUGGUACUGGAGGCGCUGGACCAACAAGUGGUACUGAAGGCGCUGGACCAACAAGUGGUACUGGAGGCGCUGGACCAACAAGUGGUACUGAAGGCGCUGGACCAACAAGUGGUACUGGAGGCGCUGGACCAACAAGUGGUACUGAAGGCGCUGGACCAACAAGUGGUACUGAAGGCGCUGGACCAACAAGUGGUACUGAAGGCGCUGGACCAACAAGUGGUACUGGAGGCGCUGGACCAACAAGUGGUACUGAAGGCGCUGGACCAACAAGUGGUACUGAAGGCGCUGGACCAACAAGUGGCGCUGGACCAACAAGUGGUACUGAAGGCGCUGCACCAACAAGUGAUACUGGAGGCGCUGGACCAACAAGUGGUACUGGAGGCGUUGGACCAACAAGUGGUACUGGAGGCGCUGGACCAACAAGUGGUACUGAAGGCGCUGGACCAACAAGUGGUACUGAAGGCGCUGGACCAACAAGUGGUACUGGAGGCGCUGGACCAACAAGUGGUACUGAAGGCGCUGGACCAACAAGUGGUACUGAAGGCGCUGGACCAACAAGUGGUACUGGAGGCGCUGGACCACCAAGUGGUACUGAAGGCGCUGGACCAACAAGUGGUACUGAAGGCGCUGGACCAACAAGUGGUACUGGAGGCGCUGGACCAACAAGUGGUACUGAAGGCGCUGGACCAACAAGUGGUACUGAAGGCGCUGGACCAACAAGUGGUACUGAAGGCGCUGGACCAACAAGUGGUACUGGAGGCGCUGGUUCUUCAAGUGGUACUGGAAGCGCUGGUUCUUCAAGUGGCACCCGAAGCGCUGGUUCUUCAAGUGGUACUGGAAGCGCUGGUCCAACUUCAGAAUCAUUCAUCCCACCGGCUUCUAAUCAUGGGCCAGUGGUUCGCAACGGAAUCCCUCAGCCAGCUUCCGAACAUAGACCAACUACUCCUCAACCAUCAAUUCCAACUUCAAUUACUUAUUAUCCACCGCUCAGCAUUAAAAUGAAGUCCAUAAUUCAAAGAAUAAAGCAGCAGCGACCAUCACUUUUCAACAUUCCACCAUUUUUACGAAAAUAA